AUGUAAAAUGGUAUUGUUGAAACAGCCGAUCAUUUUCAGAUGGCAUCCUCAAAUAUUUAUGAUUGUUUUGCUGAGUUUUAUGGUCCUGAAACCAUAAUCAAUAAGAAUUAGAUAGAAUACAUAAAGGCAAUAGCACAUCAGAAUCUAAAAAAAAUACAUAGCCUAUUGAGAAAGUAAAAACAAGAAACACAAUAUGUUUUGCAACCAUUUAAAAUAAUGACUAAAAAGGAUAAAAUGUUAAUAUUAAGUGACCCAAAAAAUGCUGAUAUUCUAAAAAGAGAUUCCAGAUAAUCAAGAACAGAAACUAUUACUAAUCCUUCUGGAGAAGAUAAUUUAAAUCUUAAUAUAAAAUAAUGA